GGGAGGUAGGAAUUACUGUGCUACAUGAAAUCGAGGCGCUCACACAUGUCCGAAGUGACGUGGCGGCCGCCAUAUUGUUUUCUGCGGUAGAAUUUUAUACUUUUUCUACCGAUUUUCUUUGCAUAUUGGUGGUCCUAGUGAGAGUGUUAUUACUUUUGAUUCGCUAAUCAGUACUUGGUACCUUCUUGUAUAUUUCUGAGGGGUUUUAGUCGCCAUGCUCACGAAAUUUGAAACAAAAUCAGCCAGAGUGAAAGGCAUUGCCUUUCACCCCAACAGGCCAUGGGUUCUUGCAAGUCUGCACAAUGGUGUUAUUCAGUUGUGGGAUUACCGCAUGUGCACACUGCUGGAGAGAUUUGAUGAACAUGACGGUCCUGUGAGAGGUAUCAACUUCCAUGCCAACCAGCCCCUUUUUGUUUCUGGAGGAGAUGAUUACAAAAUUAAGAUCUGGAAUUACAAACAGAAGAAAUGUCUUUUCACUCUGUUGGGCCAUCUCGAUUACAUCAGAACUACUUUCUAUCACCAAGAGUAUCCAUGGAUAAUUAGUGCCUCUGAUGAUCAAACAAUCCGCAUCUGGAACUGGCAGUCACGAACCUGCAUCUGUGUUUUGACAGGGCAUAAUCAUUAUGUGAUGUGUGCACAGUUUCACCCUACUGAAGACUUGGUUGUCUCGGCCUCUCUUGACCAGACAGUUAGAGUAUGGGAUAUUUCAGGUCUCAGGAAGAAAACUGUUGCACCUGGUGCGGGUGGCUUAGAGGAACACCUGAAGACACCUGGCCACACUGACCUCUUUGGUCAGUCAGAUGCGAUUGUGAAGCAUGUUUUGGAGGGUCAUGACCGUGGUGUGAACUGGGUUGCUUUCCAUCCUACCAUGCCACUCAUUGUAUCCGGCGCUGAUGACAGACAAGUCAAGUUGUGGAGAAUGAAUGACUCCAAGGCUUGGGAAGUGGACACAUGUCGUGGACACUAUAAUAAUGUAUCCUGUGUUAUGUUCCACCCUAGACAAGAGCUCAUUUUAAGUAAUUCCGAAGACAAGAGUAUCAGAGUCUGGGACAUGUCAAAGAGAACGGGAGUCCAAACCUUCAGGAGGGAACAUGACAGGUUCUGGGUAGCAGCUGCUCAUCCCACACUCAACCUAUUCGCUGCUGGUCAUGACAGUGGAAUGAUCGUCUUUAAAUUAGAGAGGGAAAGGCCAGCCUAUGCUGUUCAUGGAAACACUUUGUAUUAUACCAAGGAGCGAUUUUUGAGGAUGUAUGAGUUUGGAACUUCUAAAGAUGUACCAGUGAUGCAGUUUAGAAGGAAUUCAUCUCGCACUCCUGUGUAUAGCAUGUCUUACAACCCUGCUGAAAACUGUGUUCUUCUUUGUACAAAUGCAAGCAAUCCAGAAAACUGUGUUUAUGAACUGCAUGCUGUUCCCAAGGAAAUUGACAGUAGCAACCCGGAAGUGUCUGAGGGUAAGAGAGCAUCUGGAUUGACAGCAGUGUGGGUGGCUCGCAAUAGAUUUGCUGUCUUGGACAGGACACACAAUUUAUUGAUCAAGAACCUGAAGAAUGAAGUGACAAAGAAAGUUCAAACUCCGCCUUGUGAAAUGAUAUUUUAUGCUGGUACUGGAAGCUUGUUAUUAAGGGACUCUGACUCUGUCACAUUAUUUGAUGUACAACAGAAGAGGUCCUUGGCAUCUGUCAAAGUGAACAAGGUGCGCUAUGUGGUGUGGUCUGCUGACAUGGCCCAUGUAGCUCUGUUAGGAAAACAUGUUGUCGCAAUCUGCAAUCGAAAGUUGGAGUGCUUAUGUACCAUCCAUGAAAACAUCCGUGUCAAGAGUGGGGCCUGGGAAGAAAAUGGCGUGUUUGUCUACACCACUAGCAACCACAUCAAAUAUGCAUUAACUAACGGUGAUCACGGGAUCAUCCGUACACUUGACUUGCCUAUCUACAUUACUAGAGUGAAGGGAAGCAGCGUGUACUGCCUUGACCGAGAGUGCAAAACUAGAGUUCUUGGAAUUGAUCCAACGGAGUUUAAAUUCAAACUGGCCCUGAUCAAUCGCAAAUAUGAUGAGGUUCUUCACAUGGUGAGAAAUGCAAAAUUAGUUGGACAGUCCAUUAUCUCUUACCUGCAAAAGAAAGGUUAUCCUGAGGUUGCUCUACAUUUUGUUAAAGAUGAAAAGACCAGAUUUGGAUUGGCCUUGGAAUGUGGUAACAUUGAGGUAGGUGUACAAAGUUUACGUUUAUUACCAGAAACAAAAUGUUGGAAGCUUACAGUGUGUCAUGUUAUCCAUUAUUCUUAACAGGUGGUGGAAAUGGCAUACCAAAGAACAAAGAACUUUGACAAGUUGUCUUUCCUUUAUCUCAUCACUGGCAAUCUUGAGAAACUUGGCAAAAUGACAAAGAUUGCUGAAAUCCGCAAAGACAUGAGUGGCCAAUACCACAAUGCAUUGUACACAGGUGAUGUGGAAGAAAGAAUCAAGAUCCUGAAGAGUCUUGGUCAAGGCUCAUUGGCAUACUUAACAGCAGCUACACAUGGCCUAGCAGAGGAAUGCCAGGAGAUCAAGGACACAUUUGAUCUUGACCCAGAGGCACUCCCUCCUGUGAACCCAAGUGCCAAGUUGUUACAACCUCCCCUGCCAAUUCUACAGAAUGAGGGCAAUUGGCCAUUACUUACUGUGGCUAAGACCUUCUUUGAAGGGGCCAUGGCUGCAAAAGCUGGUGGUGGAGCUGCUGCUGCAAUGGUGGCAGCUGACAUGGAUGAAGGUGCUGGAGAAGGCUGGGGAGAGGAUGCAGCACUUGUGAUCGAUGAAGAAGGAGGAUUUGGCGAUGACGGUUUGGACAGAGACAUCCUUGGAGGAGAUGAAGAGGGUGGUGGAUGGGAUGUGGGAGAUGAAGAUCUGGUUCUCCCCCCUGACUUGGAUGUUGGCCUAGCAGCUGGUACUGGAGAUGAAGGUUACUUUGUACCUCCUGUCAAGGGAACUAGCCAGUCUCAGGUGUGGUGUACGAAUUCCCAGCUUGCUGUUGAUCACAUUCUUGCCGGAUCCUUUGAAAGUGCCAUGAGGGUGAGUUACAGGUUGAACAUCAUAAUUUUUGGGUAGCUAGUUAAUAUUUCUUGAUUGUUUCUGUUUCAUGGUAAUCUCUACUGGUGUAAUGUGGCUGCAUCUUUUGGGAUACAUUUUACUGGUACCAGUAANUUUUUUUUUCAGGCUGCGUAUCAAUUGACCACAGGAGGUAAGUUCCAAGAUGCAGUCCAAAAACUCCACACUAUUCUUUUGAGCGUUGCUCUACUGGUUGUGGACAGUAAACAAGAAAUCAGUGAAACCCAGCAGCUGUUAGGGAUAUGCCGUGAAUAUAUUGUUGGACUGCAGAUGGAAGUGAAGAGAAAGGAGCUACCUAAGAACACACUUGAAGAGCAGAAGAGGCUGUGUGAGAUGGCUGCCUAUUUUACACACUGUAACCUUCAACCAGUGCAUCAGAUUCUUACCCUUAGGACUGCAGUCAAUCUUUUCUUCAAGCUAAAGAAUUUCAAGACGGCUGGCUCCUUUGCCCGACGUUUGCUGGAACUGGGGCCACGCCCCGAUGUUGCAACACAGAUUCGCAAGAUCCUUCAGGCGUGUGACAAGAAUCCAACUGAUGCUCACGUUCUUCAAUAUGAUGAACACAACCCUUUCACCAUCUGUGGAGCUUCAUAUAAACCCCUCUACAGAGGCAAGCCACAGGAAAAAUGUCCUCUCUGUCAAGCUUCCUAUUGUCCCGAAUUCAAAGGAACAAUCUGCAAUGUCUGUAAGGUUGCUGAGGUUGGUAAAGAUACUAUUGGUCUCAGAGUCAGCCCAUUACAGUUCAGAUGAAGUACUUCAAAGGAACUUAGUGGAAAUGCUUUUAAUUAUUAGAAGUUACAUGUAAUUACCGCUAAUGUGGUUUUGCAACAAAAACUUUAUCAAUGUAUGAAGAAACCAUAUUCAAGCUUCUUCAGACCUAUAAAGAGAAAGAACACAUACAUGUACUCCAACAUCUCAAGAAGGUUUUACGUUCAGGGUGUCUAGUGCAGCAUUCAAAUAAUAUGGUAUAACUCUUGUCAAAUGGUAGUUUAAGAGAGUUUAGAAUUCCUUUCUGAGGGAUAUGAGAAAUUUAACGGAUAUACAGUUCAAAACAUGGAGACAAUGCAUUCAUAAAUGAAAGUGUUUGAAAUGCAACUGCCCAUUUUCCAUUUUUUGUUUCAUUAAGUUAAUGCAUUAUUUUGCAUUUGUAAUUGUAACUGAAGUGUAGAACUCUAUAAUAGUCUGUUAUUAGUAUUUUUUAAAAGUAGGUGCCUGAAAAUAGAUACUGUAAGAAAUAAAUCACCAAAAAACAAUGCCUCUUAUUGAUCAAUGUGUUCAGAGAUGUCCAAUGCUUAAAAGUACAAACAAGAAAUGUUUUGGAACUAGAGGGAAAGCUGUCAUCAAAGUUGGCAGCUCUGCAUCAGAAGAAUCAUAGUGAGAAGUAUAGUGAUUCAAACUUGUCAGUCCAAAGAUAAUGCCAUCCAUUGGAAGAGGCAGCUGGGGAAGAAUGUGGGUACUGCUAACAGCAACUGGAAAUCAGCCCUUCAGCUCUAACAGAACUGUGAAAACUCUGUAUGAAAAAAAGUGUUGUUGUUUAAUAAAUAUUUCAAACUUAGAUUUAAAACAAA